AUGGCUGGGUUCACGUCGCCUUUUGCUCCUGGUGCCAACAAGGACGCCCUCUCAGCCUUCGAGUACCCGGGGCCCAAGCGGAAGCUGUACAGCGCGGUGCCUGGGAGGCUCUUCGUCGUCGUGAAGCCAUACCAACCCCAAGUCGAUGGCGAGAUCCCCCUUCAUCGUGGCGACAGGGUCAAAGUUCUGAGCAUCGGUGAAGGGGGCUUCUGGGAAGGCAGCGCCCGCGGCCACAUUGGGUGGUUUCCGGCUGACUGCGUGGAGGAGGUCCAGUGCAAGCCCAAGGACAGCCAGGCAGAAACCCGGGCCGACCGCAGCAAGAAACUCUUCAGGCACUACACGGUGGGCUCCUAUGACAGCUUCGAUGCCGUCAGUGACUGCGUUAUCGAGGAGAAGACGGUGGUCCUGCAGAAAAAGGGCAGUGAAGGCUUCGGAUUUGUGCUUCGAGGGGCGAAAGCCGAUACACCCAUUGAAGAAUUCACGCCGACACCGGCGUUCCCAGCCCUGCAGUACCUGGAAUCCGUGGACGAAGGUGGGGUGGCGUGGCAAGCCGGCCUGAGGACCGGGGACUUCCUGAUCGAG